GGUACGUCAACAAGAAUCAAGGGCGAGAGAAGGUUGCAAUGCUAGGUGCAGGGAAGGCAGAGAGGGAGAGGAGUGUGGUGGAUCGCUGGCGGAAGCAGACAGAAGAGAGCGCAAUGGUCCGGCACCUAACGGACCAGUUGCAUGAUACGCAGAUCCGGCUGAAAAAGGUUGAAGAACAUGCAUCCGCUCUCAUGCAGAAGCUGGAGACUGUCACUGUCGAGCGCGAUGCAGCCACAGCACUGAAGGAGGACUAUUCUACCCAGCUGCGUAUGAUGAAGAAGAGACUACAAGCAGCUGAAGAAGAACAGGUCAAAUCUGAGGAAGACGCUGCUGCUCUUCGGGCUGAGCUGGAGACGGUCCAGCGUGCCGCUCAUGGUGCAAGUGCCCAGUCGCGACUGGGAAGCAGUCCAGAGCAAUUCAGGAUAGAAGAGCAAGAGAGAAAAGCCGCACGGGCAGAACUUGAGUCUACUCUGAUGAUAUUGCAAGGAGAGCAAAAGAAACUGGCAAUGGAACGACAGCGCGCGGCAGAACUAUUCCAACAGAAACAGGAGUUUGAACAAGCUCUUAAGACCUGUCAAGCAAAACUGAGGGAAGCUCAGCAGAUCCACGCGCAUCAGGAAAAGGAGCUCGCGAAAUUGAGGGAGGGAGGUCAUGGCAGGCAGGCAGAAAGCAGCGCUGCCAUACCGGACUCGUUUUCGUCGUCAUUCAAGGAGAUCGCAGUUGAUGAAGCAGAGAUAUCUUCAGAGGAGAAGAAGGGUUUAGAAGAACAAGAAGUGCAAGCAUUGAGGGCAGCACUGGAAAAGGCGCAGGCAGAUAAACAACAGAGCGAUCGGAAAAUGAGAGAGCUGGCGAUGAUGGUGGAAAGGCUGGAGAAGGGAAGGCAGCGAUUACUCUCUGAGGUGGACUCGCAGUCUCUUGAGAUCGAAAGACUGUUUAUGGAGAACUCAGGCCUAGCAGCCGGAUUAAGGGAAACCCACGAAAUAGCAGGGAGAUGGGAGCGGCAGUUGAAAGAGUGCUUAAGCCAAAACGAAGAGCUUAGGAAGACCCUCAUUGCUUUGAGGUCAGAACAAGGAAGAGCAACGAUGGAGUCUAGUGCCAGUGGAAAUGAGAAAGGGCCCAGUGCGGGUGCAGAUGCGCACACAGACACACACAUUCCACCCACUGAUGAUAGUGCCAUUGCAAGCGGAUCGCUGCAUGGAAGAUCAAGCAGCAGCGAGGGGAGAUACAUAACAGAGGAAGAUUGGCGCCAACUGAAGGGAGAAAGGGCAAAACUUCAGGUGGAGCUUGCCAAGUCAAUGUCACGAAUAGAAGAAUUGACUGCACAAUGUACCCAGAUGUCAGCUGACUAUACACGUGUCAUCCAGACAUUGAAUGGAUUGGGAAGAAUGUACAAACCAGUUCUUGCGAACUUCGAAAGCAGGCUCAAGCAAAUGAUCCAAGAGGGGACGACGGUUGCGGGAUGAGUGCACGCUGCUGGGCAGAGUAGGUAACACACCCAUAAAGACAACGCGUAAGAAGUCCCUGAGCCACAUUUUGAAAUUCUCUUCAUUGCCAUUGACUUGCAGCAGGUAGGCCAUUACAAGUGGACAAGACCGGCAUUCUGGUGCUUGCAACAAACCAUUGUUUGUACCUGAGACGCACAAAUGGUUUGGACCUGGUUUGCUUGUGGUUUCCAGCUUCAAAAUUCCUAUCAAUCGCAUAUACCAAUGGCCAAUCAGGCCAAGUACUGGAGUCUGGAGGAUAUAUUGCUUUGUAUUUAUCGAUUGACGCAGAGCGGCAGAAGGCAAUUCUGGUUCUUGCAACAAACCGUAGUUCGUACCUUAGACGCACGAAUGGUUUGCACCUGGUUUACCGCUUAAAAUUCCUAUCAAUCGCAUAUAACAAUUGCCAAUCAGGCUGAAUACUGGAGUCUGGAGGAUAUAUUGCUUCGUAUUCAUCGAUUGUCGCAGAAGGGAACUGAGCAAUCUUUUCCUUGACAGCGAGAAGAUAGGAAGUAUCUGCCUCUUAGUCAACUGUAGUGCCGAAGAGACCUCUCCUCGAUAACGAGAAGAUAGGAACUUUCUACAUCUUUGUCGAGAAGUUUCUCUGUCUUUGCAGAGAAGUAUCUGCAUAUUGUCGACCAUAGUGCAUGCCUGCCACAUGCUCGUUUGCGCCUUCGGUUAUGUCUUCCGUUCUUGUUCCCAAAGAACCGCGGAAGCUUCAGUUCAUACCACCAUUCUUUUGAAUAGUUUUAUUCUUGCCUAAUUGGGUCCAUCUUUUCUUUCCUUUUUUUCCCUUUUUUUCCUUUUUUUCCCUUUUUUUCCUUUUUUUCCCUUUUUUUUCUUUUUUUUUGGGGGGCAGCACGGGGAGAAAGACUCAUCGAGUCCAUCUUGUUUCCUCUUAGAUCCUUAGUCGAAACUUCUUAUUGCUUUCUUCUGAAGUGUCAAUGAUACUGCUCCUGUCUGUCUAGUAGGGAGAUUAUCUCCCAUUGGACUGGGUUUGCACAACUUUGCGGGAUUGCUAAUGCAGG